UUCGUUUAUCUUGUUAUGCUACAAUUUUUAUUUUUAUUUGUUCUAGUAAAAUUCCAUAUUGCUCAUCUUUUCGAGGUCCAAGGGAAAUUAAAAGGAGCCAAGGAACGUUAUGAGUUACUAUUACGGGACAAAAACAUCAGUGCCUCAUUAAGAGCGGAUAUUUUUAGACAAUUAGGUUGGCUAUAUCACUGCCAUGACAUAUUAGGAGAUAAAAAUCAACGUAUUCCAUUAGCUAUUCACUGCCUUCAACGGGCCAUCGACGCAGAUCCGUACUCAGGACAAACUUUAUAUUUACUUGGUCGUUGUUACGCUAGUAUAGGAAAAGUUCAUGAUGCAUUUAUCGCAUAUAGAAACUCGGUAGAGAAGUCCGAAGGCAAUGCUGAUACUUGGUGCUCCAUAGGAGUGCUCUACCAGCAGCAGAGUCAGCCUAUGGAUGCCUUACAAGCGUACAUUUGCGCGGUUCAGUUGGAUAAAUGUCAUUCGGCUGCUUGGGCAAAUUUGGGUAUUUUAUACGAAAGCUGUGGCCAAGCUCGGGACGCUUACGCCUGUUACCUCAACUCGAAUCGCGGCUUGGCCAACCAAGGUACACCAGACUCCGCGGUCGAACCGUACAUGCUAACGAAAAAUUUCCAACAUACUAGGUCUCCAUCUCCUGUGGGAAUGAACCCACGGCUCACCCAGAGAAUAAAUUUCCUGCAAACACACCUUGCUAACGCCCCAAUGCCGAGCAUAACAGCAAAUCGAAAGCAAUUGCUUUCCAUCGAAGAAGCGUGGAAUUUGCCGAUAUCUGCAGAAAUGUCAUCUCGGCAACAACAACAGCAAAAUGGUACAUCGCAGAAUCGAAAUGUAUCACAAACGUAUCCGAAAGGCUUUGCUCCAACUACUCCUCAGGGGCCACCUCCUCCUUAUCCAUCACCUACUUCUGGCCCUCCAAGUAAACGAUUUAGAACGGAAGCAGGAGAUCAGAAGACGGCGCAACCACAACCGCAACCACAACAGCAACCGUCUUUCUAUUUAUCACAGAACCAGUUGCAACUGUUGCAUUAUUUCCAACAAAACAUCAGCAAUUUAUCGCAAGCUCAACAGACAAUGAUGCAACAGCUGCAACAACAGUAUCGACUAAUGCAGCAACAUCAACAGCAGUUUAGAACACAAAAACAGCAGCCACAAUCUGGAAUUAGUUCUGUAACACGGACUGGACAAACGCCUACAUUCACGGGAUCCAUCACGCAAUCUUUUUCCAGUCAAGCUAUCAAUAGAACUUCACCACUAGCACCUCCAAAGAGUUUUUCGCCCAUAAAUACGGUUACGCCACCAGGGAAUCAAUUUAAAUCUGAUAAACUCGUGCAGCCUUCGCUUACUACCCCCAUUCCCAAUUGUAUGCGAGACAUUAGUUCCUCUAUGUCAAUGAGCAAUGCAGGGACGAAUGAUUUAGAUGUUAGUGAGGAAGAUUUGCAGGAUCUCUUAUCACAAAAAGAUCUCGCCACUACAUUAGCUGAAAAUUUGUUGAAGCAUUUCGGAUCGGAAGAAAUGGAUCAAGUAAAAACUGAGAGUUCAGACAAUAUUACGCUUUCUUCGGGACCGUUUUCGCCAUCGAAUAUUGCGUCGGAAAUUAAAGUCGAAGUAAAAGAUGAAUUAAAACCCAAAGGGUUAUCGCCACAAACAGAAAGGAUUCUUACAACUAGUCAUUCUCUAUGGGGUGAGAUGGAAUCUAUCCAUCAACCAGAUAAGCGUCCUGACAGUGAAUAUAACAUUGACAUGGACGCAAGAACUAUUUUGGAGUUAUGCAAGGGUGAGGGAAUCAAAGGAGAUAUAAGUCACUCUUUAAUUGCGGACAAUGCACCACCGCCUGCACCUCCUGAUCCCCCUUCAGUGAAAUUGAAUCAUCAGCAACUGUUACCUCCAACUCCUUCCGUGUAUUUGGACAACAAGAAGCAUGCAUUUAGUCCUCAGCUGCAAGAAUUUUGCCUUAAACACCCUAUAGCGGUGAUCAGAGGAAUGGCAUCGGCUCUAAAACUUGACCUGGGACUGUUUUCUACAAAAACUCUUGUUGAAGCAAACCCGGACCAUACCGUAGAAGUUAGAACGCAAAUACAGCAACCUUCGGAUGAAAAUUGGGAUCCACAGUCAGGAAAGAAAGUGUGGGCUUGUAUUUCUCAUAGGUCACAUACAACGAUAGCAAGAUAUGCUCAGUAUCAAGCGUCUAGCUUUAAAGAAAGUUUAAAGGAGGAGAGAGAUAAGACCAGUGGUGGAAAUUACAAUCUUUCUGAUUCUGACUCUAAGGACUCAACCAACUUUCCAAAGAGGAAGAAUAAGAACGCACCGACAGUUCAACAAACAGGACAGAUCAAGAACUAUAACCCUCCAAAAAUGUUGAAAUUUGGUACAAAUGUUGAUCUGUCGGACGAAAGGAAAUGGAGGCCACAGUUGCAAGAACUUAUGAAGUUACCUGCUUUUGCAAGAGUUGUUUCGGCUGGAAAUAUGCUUUCUCACGUUGGUCACGUUAUACUUGGAAUGAAUACAGUACAGUUGUAUAUGAAGGUCCCAGGUAGUAGAACUCCGGGUCAUCAAGAAAAUAACAAUUUCUGUUCAAUAAACAUUAACAUAGGCCCAGGCGACUGUGAAUGGUUCGCAACACCUGAUGCAUACUGGGGUGCUAUUUGUGCCUUAUGCGAAAAAAAUCAAAUCAACUACCUUCAUGGAUCAUGGUGGCCAGUGUUAGAAGAUCUUUAUAAAGCCAAUAUACCGGUAUACCGCUUUUUGCAACGACCUGGAGAUUUAGUGUGGGUUAACGCCGGAUGUGUUCAUUGGGUUCAAGCAGUCGGCUGGUGUAAUAACAUCGCUUGGAAUGUUGGUCCUUUAACUGCGCGUCAAUACCAACUUGCAAUUGAAAGAUAUGAAUGGAAUAAACUUGAAAGUUUCAAAUCUAUCGUUCCUAUGUUACAUUUGUCGUGGAAUUUGGCGAGAAAUAUUAAAGUUUCUGAUCCUAAAUUAUUCUCAUCAAUUAAAAAAUGUUUAUUGAGGACUUUACGACAAUGUUCAAUGAUCUUGGAGUUUGUGCGACACAAAGGAGUAGAAGUCAAAUUUCACGGUCGGGGAAAAAAUGAAGCUUCACAUUACUGUGGCCAAUGUGAGAUUGAGGUGUUCAAUAUACUGUUUAUACGUGAACAAGAAAAGCGGCAUGUAGUUCACUGCUUGGAUUGUGCUCGUAAGCAAUCGUCUAACUUAGAGGGAUUUGUAUGUUUAGAAGAGUACAAGAUGGAAGAAUUGAUGGAUGUCUAUGACAAUUUUGUUUUACACUCUAUCGUGAGUGCUACUGCGGAAUCAUACCGCCAUUUAUCAUAAAAUCACUUUGAAGUCAGAUUUUCAAAAUAGCGACGUUUCUCUAUUAAAUAAGUUGUACGGUUUUGUAUGCAAUUUUUUUAAUUUUGAGUAACUGAAAGAAGUACGUAACAACAGUUUAAUGAUAGUUUUUGUUUAACUAUAAAGGAGUCGUACAGUUAUACGGAUAUAAUAUUUACCAACUCAAUUUUAAUUUAUCCCAAUCGUAUAAGUGCAAUUAGUUCAAACAAGUUGUACUAGUCAAAAUCCAAUUAAUAAGCUAAAUAUUAUCAAGAUGAAUGCAAACAGUUGCAUUUCCCGAAUGGCUUGUUAAUCUGUCAAAUAUAAUUGAUUUAGUUUAAUCUAAAAGUUUAGUUCAAAACAUCUUUUCAUGUUAUAUGUGAAAACACAUUCUUUUAUAAGAGUACCUUAUUAUUCCGUUGUUCUCGAUUAUUAAUACUAUUUGUAUUAAGCGUGUACCCAUAUUAAUAUAUAUUAAUGAAAAUUGACGAAAAUGGCCCUUUUUUUAAUUAAAAUAACGUUCGAGUUAUUUUGUAAAUCUGACAAAAACAUUUUCUAAGCAAUCACUGCCAAUUGUAACUGAUGUACAAGUGUAAAUGUCUAAUCGUUUUGUUGAUAUUGUAUGCAUUAAUUCAACAAAUUAGCCGAGUGAUAUAGUUAAGUAAGGUAAAAUGUAUAUGUAAAGUGUACAUAAGGUUGAAUAGAGUAUGAUAGUUGGUUCGGAUGAAUAGAAUAAAGAUAACUAAGAAGCUGAUCUCAUAGCAGUAAAAGUUUAAACCCAAUAGUGUACAUACAUAAGUCGCGAAUAAUGUUUUGUUUUAUUUUCCCUUUGUACAUCAAACUUUUAUUUAUCUAUUUGUUCGUAGUGAAUUAUUUGUAUUUUUUAAUUUUUAAGUCGUUAGCAUUUUUAAUCGUCAUUGAAAUUGUAGCACUGCCAAAAAGUAGGUCGCGGUUUUGUUUCAGAAUUAAGUAAUUAAUUUAUUUUUAUAUUCAGUGUACUCGAUAGAUAAGACCAAUAAUUCCUGAUAGCAAUUGCGUAGGGUGUUACCUGUUCUGAAGGGUCGAAUUGUAAGAUUUGUAUUCAAGCAGUUGCAAUAAAUACUUCAUGACGUAAACAGACAAAGAAAUUUUUCGUUAACUUAAUACAAUUGGAUAUAUUGAACUAGCUAACUUUAAAAUGUGACAGGGUUACAUUGUAAUUGAAAUCAGUGUUGCACAACGAAUAGUAAAUGGCUGAUUGUAUAAUACAUCUGGAAAAUUUUACUUAAGGAAGUUGUUAAAAAUCAGCAAUAAAAUAAAUAUUAAAAAUCAAAUGGAAAAUUAGAAAGUCAGCAUUUCAAGAGUGCAUGAUUUUUGAUGGUUUUAAAAAAUAGUGAAGUUUUUAUUUCUCAUCUGAUUGUUAAUAUUUAGUGCCUACUUAUUUUCAUUGCUAAUGUUUAAAAGAUUCACCAAAACAAAUUUUGCAGAUGUUCUUGUACAACUAAGUAUUUGUUUUACGUUUGAGUAAAAUCCUUCUAACAGCGUCAACUCCCCGCACCUCAUAGAAAUUUCAUCACUUAAAAGUUUAAAAAAAAAUUCAUUUAAUGAUUACUAUAAUGAGUAUUCACUAAAGUGGUGUUUAGUAUUGUUUGCAAAUGCUUGGAAAAUAAACGAUUUGUAUUAACUGUCUGUGAAUAAGAAAAAUGACAUUUGUCAAAUAUUCUUGAUUCCGUUUUGUCCUUAUUAAAUUAAUUAAGCCAAUUUAGGACAUGGUAAAAUGUUCUAAUGAUAAACAGAGAACUGAAACAUAAAUAAUAGUUAAUAGUUUUUACAUUAAGAAAAGUAAACUAGAAUUGCAAUUAAAUUUCAUAGCUAUCGGAUAUUAAAAAUUUUAUUUGAAUUCAGAUUCUCUAAAAAAUGUUGACUCAGGGGUUAUGAAUUAAUUACCAUGUUCUAAAUUAACAGAUUUUAUAAAAACAGUUAUUUUAUCAUAGAUGUGUUUUUUGUUUUCUUGUUCACAGUGUCAGGAUUGAAAAAGAAAUGCAAAAGUUAGAAGUGAACUGUUUUUAUAAAGUAAAAUUACACGUUGCCUUUACAUCUAUACUGUUUAUUUCUUUUUUUGAGAAUAAAAUGUUUAGUUUCGAGCAAUCGUAUUUUCUAAAGGUAACGAGGAUUUUGCAAGACAGGACGACGUUUCAUUAGUCAAAAACACGACCAAUGCUGUAUCUACAAACGUCGCUGUCGGAUAGAUCUUCGGCAAUGGAACAUUAUUUCUUACAGUGCCUUCAUAAACUACAUUAAUAGGGAAACAAUAUUUUUUGCAACUACAAGAUCCAAUACACCUGAACUAAACCUGUAUAUUGUAGGAACUCAAGAAUUUAGCUCAAUUUUUUAUCUUCAUUUCUUUGAUGUUUUAAUAUAAUUCAUAUUCAAUAUAAGUCUGAGUAUCAA